AUGGACAGACGUUCGCUGACCGUGGCCUGCCUGCUACUUGGUGCUGUGAUUGCAUGGCCUUCCCGUAAAAAGAGCAAGGGUAAGACAGUAGCGUUAGUCACACAUCUCGUUCUCAUUCUCGCUUCGAAAGCAAGCGAGAUGGCGAGAAAUGUGAUUAUCCGCUGCUCACUGUUAAGAAAGAGCGCGAUCGCCUUGGAUCGUUCGUUCAUUCGGCUUAGCUGGGAGGAUAUUCUUCACCUAGACAAGGUAAAGGAACUGAAGGACACGCUGGUAAAGGUGAACACGCUAAAGGACUCAAAGGUGGAAGAUCGUUCGCUGUCAGAACAGCUUUGGCAGACGCUGAACACAGUGAUAAAGCAGAACUUCAGCUUCAACAGCAUUCUCCAGCAGCUGGCAGCGAGACUCAGAGAUAAGCUGAUCGGUUCUCUGCCUAUAAUAGGCAAGGUCAUUCGACGAGAUGGCCGACAACGACGCUGGGACAAGAACUUGGUUAACUUUUAG